AUGUCAUCGCGGCCUAGACCUCUCAGGUCGAUCACGGGCUCGGCGCUACGGGGCGCCAGGGCCAGCGCGGGCAUGCGCGUUCGCAAGAGGGGCUCGCGGGCGACCCGAAGGUGGCGGCGCCGCUCGCCAAUGGUCACCGGAGGGCCUCCUCCGGCGAGCCCGAGCGGCGGCAGCGGCAGGUACUCGGUGUGGGCGCGCUACAGGAAGCAAUCGAAGAGGAGGAGGGCACCAGGGGGCUCAGCAGCUCACCACGAUCACGGGGAGCUUGACGGCGUCGCCGGAGGUGGCCGGAAUCACCGGCGGAGGGCGGAGGCCGGCGGCACGGGCGGAGCUAGGGUUUGGGGCGGCGGCGCGUGGGGAGGAGAGGCCAGCGGCAGCGCGUGGGGAGGAGAGGCUGGCGGCGGCGCGUGGGGUGGCGGCGGCGCGGCUCCGGAUUUGGGCAGCUCCGGCGGUGUCAAUGUCGCUGUCGGUGGCCUCCGAUGUCGCGGCCACCGCGUCUACCUUGGCACCGUCCCGGAGCGCCAGUACCUCUCGCCGGUGCUGGUGGCGCCGGACCCGCCAAGAUCUUCUGCUGCUCGCGGGCUGCGCACCGGCAAUGCUGCUGGCAGCGUGCAGGUAAUGAUGGUCCAUGCAGGAGGCGUCGGCAAGGAGGAUGUUGUGGAGGUCGCUGGGCAGACCAAGUCCACGCGCACGGCCAAGCCACCGACCGAGCGCGACAAGAUCGUCAUCGGAACCUCUACCGCGCCACCGGCCACGCCCCCGUUGCAAGCGGCCAUGAGUGUGUUGGCCACGCCCAUCGCGCAGAACAUCGACCCUGCCGCGGCUCAAGCUGAACUGGAGGCGCAGCGACAGAAGCUGCUAUCCGGUGCUGCGGACAUCGUCAAGGCCCAGCAAGAGCUCAACCUAACCCUACAGCUGCAGGAAACCGGCUUAGAGGUCAUAACUUAG